GAUCUCCUUGCGGCCGCCUCCAGACUCCAAUCCACGGCUCCGCUCUCCUCCAACGGCCACAGAGCAGAGGAGGACCCGCUCCGAGCACGGCGUCAGCUCCAGAGCGCACGAAGAUGUGAACCCACACCCCGAUAGCUACCGCUUUUUUUAGUCAACAGAACUAUAUCUUACACAUUAGACGCGGGCAGAUGUAUUUGUGGUAAAUGCACGUUGCAACGGUGCUUUGGUCCUAUUUUUUCUUUUCGUUUUUCUUUUUAAUUUUCGGUAUUUGUUGUCAGCAGCAGCGAACGUUAUGGCAGUCCACUACUACUCCACAUCCGGGCCACAAUGCACUGACUCCAUUAUUGUCUAAAACUGAAGGAGAUCUGCCAAAACCCAGUGAUUUUUUGCGUUUAGAGAGACGUUUCUGCUGUCUGCGGUGAAGGUCGGAACCGAAGGGGGACAUGUCGAACCAAGGGAUCCGGCGGAAUGGCCCGGUGAAGCUGCGACUAACAGUUCUCUGUGCCAAGAACCUGGCAAAAAAGGAUUUUUUUCGCUUGCCCGACCCCUUUGCCAAAGUGGUGGUGGACGGUUCGGGACAAUGCCACUCUACAGACACUGUGAGGAACACGCUAGACCCCAAGUGGAACCAACACUACGACUUAUACAUUGGAAAGUUGGACUCCAUCACCAUCAGUGUCUGGAACCAUAAGAAGAUCCAUAAAAAGCAAGGGGCGGGCUUUCUGGGCUGCGUGCGCCUUCUGUCCAACGCCAUCAACCGCCUUAAAGACACCGGCUACCAGAGACUAGAUUUGAAUAAACUGAGCCCCAAUGACAGUGACACAGUUAGAGGACAGAUUGUUGUUAGUCUACAGUCCAGGGACCGGAUAGGCUCUGGGGGCCCCGUGGUGGAUUGCAGUCGCCUCUUUGAUAAUGACCUUCCAGAUGGCUGGGAGGAGAGGAGAACUGCAUCAGGCAGGAUCCAGUACUUGAACCACAUUACACGCUCUACACAGUGGGAGAGGCCCACCAGACCUGCAUCAGAGUACUCCAGCCCAGGUCGACCUCUGAGCUGCAUCGUAGACGAGAACACGCCCAUCACAACCAACGGAGCCACGCCUCCCACCCCGUCAGUACCAACCAAUGGGGGUGACCAGAGGGUCCAGGAGAGACGGGUCCGUUCACAGAGGCACCGCAACUACAUGAGCAGAACCCACUUACACACUCCCCCAGACCUGCCCGAAGGAUAUGAGCAGAGGACAACGCAGCAGGGCCAGGUGUACUUCCUCCACACACAGACAGGGGUCAGCACGUGGCAUGACCCCAGAGUCCCCAGAGACCUGAGUAAUGUGAACUGUGAGGAGCUGGGCCCUCUGCCUCCUGGAUGGGAGAUCAGGAACACUGCCACAGGGAGGGUCUACUUUGUGGACCACAACAACCGCACAACGCAGUUCACCGACCCACGCCUCUCUGCCAACCUGCACCUCGUCCUCAAUCCAACUCCAACUCCCAACGGUGGACCUACUCGGGGAGGCUCUGAGAACCAGAACAGCAGGCCUCAGACCCAGCUGAAGGAGCAGGCCCAGCAGGCUCUGGUGUCCCCCAGUCAGCUCCCAGAGGAGGCCGAGUGCCUCACUGUGCCCAAAUACAAGAGAGACCUGGUCCAGAAGCUCAAGAUCCUAAGGCAGGAGCUGUCCCAGCAGCAGCCUCAGGCUGGACACUGUCGCAUUGAGGUGUCCAGGGAGGAAAUCUUUGAGGAGUCAUAUCGCCAGGUGAUGAAGAUGAGGCCGAAGGACCUAUGGAAGAGGCUCAUGGUGAAGUUCAGAGGAGAGGAAGGGCUGGACUAUGGAGGAGUUGCCAGGGAGUGGCUUUACCUGCUGUCUCACGAGAUGCUCAACCCAUACUAUGGCCUGUUCCAGUACUCUCGAGACGAUAUCUAUACACUACAGAUCAACCCAGACUCUGCUGUCAACCCUGAGCACUUGUCGUACUUUCACUUCGUGGGAAGGAUCAUGGGCAUGGCAGUGUUCCAUGGGCACUACAUCGAUGGAGGCUUCACUCUGCCCUUCUACAAACAGCUGCUGGGCAAACCCAUCACCCUGGAUGACAUGGAGUCUGUGGACCCAGACCUGCACAACAGCCUCGUCUGGAUACUAGAUAAUGACAUCACAGGUGUGCUGGACCACACCUUCUGUGUAGAACACAAUGCUUAUGGAGAGAUCAUCCAGCAUGAGCUGAAGCCCAAUGGGAAGAGCAUCUCUGUGACACAGGACACUAAGAAAGAAUAUGUGCGCCUCUAUGUCAACUGGAGGUUCCUGCGCGGCAUCGAGGCCCAGUUCUUAGCUCUGCAGAAAGGCUUCAAUGAAGUCAUCCCCCAGCACCUGCUUAAGGCCUUCGAUGAGAAGGAGCUCGAGCUGAUCGUGUGUGGCCUGGGUAAGAUCGACAUAAACGACUGGAAGUCCAACACACGUCUGAAGCACUGCACGUCGGACAGUAAUAUAGUGAAGUGGUUCUGGAAGGCCGUGGAGUCGUUCGACGAGGAGAGGAGGGCGCGGCUGCUGCAGUUUGUCACCGGAUCCUCUAGGGUGCCUCUGCAGGGAUUCAAGGCUCUACAGGGAGCUGCAGGCCCGCGCCUCUUCACCAUCCACCAGAUCGACGCCAGCACCAACAACCUGCCCAAAGCCCACACCUGUUUUAACCGGAUCGACAUUCCUCCGUACGAGCACUACGACAAACUGUAUGACAAGCUGCUGACGGCCAUUGAGGAGACAUGCGGCUUCGCUGUGGAGUGAAUCUUACCCAUAAUUCCAAGGGACAUAUGGCCAAGUCACGGAACCAACCAACGGACCCCUCCAGCUGCUAAGAACUAUACACACUAACUCGUGGAAAUACAGACACUUUGCUCUUCCUUUUGUAUCCUUUCAAAAAUACUACAUGUAGCAACCAUAUUUUAAAGGGCCUGUAUUGCACUUUUUUCUGAUCUAUGUUAUAAUGUUGUGUCCUUAUCAAAAUAUAUGUGGAGUUGUGUUUUGUUUUAUUCACAUAUGUUUAACACACAAAUCCUGCUAUUUAGGGUGAGUUCUUCUCUCAAACAGAAAACACUCUGUUGCUCCUUGUGAUGUUAUUAAGUGGUAAUACAGGAAGUGCUCCACUCUGAAGUCACAGCUGUUAUUUUAGCCUCAUUGAAACUGUUUUACUUCUUCAUGCACCAGCAGGUAUUAGAGACUUUCUAUUGACGAUCUCAACUGUACAGAAGGUAAAACUAAAUUAUUCAAAAAUAAAUAACAAUUUAUGGUUAUUCUAGUGUAUUGUAAUCAGGCAAAAAAUGUUUAUUAACUUUAAAACUACCACUAAAUGACAUCACAAGGUAGAACAGAGCAUUUUGAGCUUUGGAGAUGCAGACACCCCAAAAGUCCAGGAAUAUUUAAACACAUGUGGAUAAAAGAGGAGGUAACAGCAUUAUAACAUGGCUAAAAGCUCACAUGAGUCAAUUUGGGUAAUAUAGGACCUUUAAGAAGACGUAGAAGGAGCUGGGAACAGUUUGUUGACAGGGUAAAAAGUACAAAAAAGAGGGAUUUGUGCAAACACGGCAACCCAAAAGACUAGAAAACUCCUGGACACCGCAGCGAGGAUUCAACGCUGUGUUCCUCAACUAGUUUCUUCAAAUAUCCUGCUAUUUUUCUAUAUGGACACAACUAAAGUCUAUAUGAUGUAUCUAAUUUAUUGUUAAAAAUCUAUUGUCCAUUGUAUCGGGCAAAAAAAAAAAAAAAAAGUUGCAGAUUUUUUUUUACAUCAAUUUGUUUUAAUGAAAAAACGUUGAACAUUUUUAGGGGCCUGGUUACACUUACAGAUAUUUUUAUAAUUUGAUGAAAAUGUUCAAAAUCUAAAAAAAAAAAAAAAAAAAAAAAGUAUAAUAAUAAAAAUUCUAAAAAUAUCCAAGAAUGUGUCAUCAGGCCCAACUGUCCUUGUGCCAUAAUGAUUUUAAACGAAUGAAAAAUUGCAAAAACUAAGCAAACCCUUUAAAUACUUUCUUAUAGCAUUCAUUGUAGCUGAAAUAUAUCCAUCCAUACUGUUAAAAAUACUACCUUAAAACAAUGUGGUGCUAAAACUCAUUGUAAUGUUUUAUAUUGGCGAUUUUACACAUAUUUACCUUAUAGUCUGGUAUUCUGUUAAACUGGUUUGCUGGUAAUAUACAGAUUUUGUAGUAAGCGUAGCAACAAUUUUCUGCAACCUACAGAAUAUAGCAAUGUAGCAAUUCUGUCAGAUGCCUUGGAAGUUGGAAUGCACAAUGUACUGCAAAUGUUUUUGGUCAAAGUUUCAAAAAUUACACAAUAUCUGCACAAGAAUAUGUUCUGGUUUAGUUUAGGUCCAAGUUUCUUCCUGGUUUAUUCUAAUAUAAGUUAAAGUAGGACUAUGUAACUUUUCUGGUCCUGCUUGUCUCCAUGGAGGUGGAAUGCUCCACAGUAUGGCCUAACAUAGCAAUCUUGCAUUUAUUCAAUUACAGGUUGCUCAAAAAUACAUCAAAAACAUUCAUUCCUACUGUGAGAGUGAUUGCCUCUCCACAGAUCUGACCUGUAACUUGGCAUGAGGCCGUCACUCGCUUGUCUCCAUGGAGAUUUAAUACUUAUUGUGGAAUAUUCCAGACUAGGGUUGUCGAAAAUAUUGAAAAUGAUAAACUAAUUGAUACGAAAACUAGAAUCGAAAGUAAAUACUCAUUUGAACAAGUAUCAAUACUAAAAAAGUCACAUUCACAAGACUUUAAUGAACCUUUCCUGACGAGCUUUAGCAUGAUCUUGAGCUGUAUCAGAACAAGUAUAAGACACAGACUAGUAUGCACCCAUGGACCACUAUAGAAUCGAGUCUAUUCCAUAGUAUCGAAAUCUAAUUUGAAAUGUUUGUAUCGUGACAACACUGUUCUAGACAAAGCAAUAACAUCUCUGUGGAGACAAGCAGCUCUUAGUUACGUUGUAUAACUGUAAAUUGAAAAUUGCUGCUCAUGUUUUUUUUUUUUUUCCAACACUUAUCAGUCAUAUUGCCAACACUACAAGAAGUCAAUCAAAAAUGUCAGUAGUCUUUUAUUGUAUUGUAGCAAAUGCAUAAUGACUACGUCAAGACAUUUCAUAGAACCAGGGUUACAAACUACCAGACUGUCCCAUCUCAUUCACAUCACACAAGCUAUGCGAUCAUAUUUACCAGUUUCACCAGAAUGCAACUUUAUUUUGCCUGUUAACUUGUCUUCAAUUUCUUUUCUAAAUCGUGAAAAAGGGGAGUUGUUUUCUAAAAUUUGAAUGUUUUGUUAAAAAAACUGCUGCCUGUUUUAGCAAUGUCGACGACCGUGGACUGUUCUUAACACUUUUUUUCUUCUCGUUUAUGAAGUGUAUGCAAAGUGAAAAGUUGUACAGGACUGAGAUCGUUCGAAAACAGUGGAUCAACUUGUAAUUUAUGGUUAACUUAAAAAAAAAGAAAAGAUUUUUAAAAGAGAAACCGAUUGCACACGAAAGGAUGAGGUCACUGUGUGGUUUUUGGAUGGGAUUUGGAAGUCCAGGGCGCAGGCUGAUCUAAACCCCACACUCUCUGGUAUCUUAUGCUAUUAUUAUUAUUAUUAUUUUGUAAACAAGCCGAGAGAUGCCGCAUUGGCCUCGGUGACUGAUGCAAUUUGAUGUAUGUUAACACUAUCAUUUUGUAAGAGUAUUUUAUUUUUGUGUGUAAUUAGUUCUAAUUAAACUGGCCUUUGUCUAACAAUGUACAA